GACGUAGACAGCUUGCCUCCCGUUUCGUAAGUGGACAAUAAGUUUAUGUGAUAAAGGUGAAACGGUGUAUUAACAUUACGAAAAUUACAAGGAUUGUUCGUUUGACAAAAUUCGUUUGUGUUAUAUGUGAAGAAGCGGGAAGGCAUGUGGGGCGGCGGCGCGCAGUGCGUGCACGCAUCGCUGCCGCGUGGUGCGCACGCGCGUCCCGCUCCGACGCUCAGCGGCGCCAUCGCUAGCCGUCGCCCGCCCAGGCCCACACCACCAUCACCAACGCUUAUAGCUCAAAUAGACUCGUCCGUAGCGUGUCUCUGGCUGCUCACACCCCUCUCUGCGGGUACAGCUGUCGUAGCCGUCCUCGUCGCUGUCACCACGAACAACUGGCUGCACACAGAGGAGAACAUGCUGAGCAAUUCGUUCAAUGGAACUGGCAAACACGAGCUGGUCGCAAAACACACUGUGUCCGGACUGUGGCGCAUCUGUCAUACCGACCCUGGCAGUACAGAAUAUCGCUGUAUAGACAUACCAUACUUUCCUCUAUCGCAGUACGUUCCAGACCCAAGUGAUUCUACCAAUGCGAUACCUUAUAUAGUAACCCGUUCAGCGGCUCCAUUAUUGUUGGCUGUGUUUACGCAAGCGGUUGGCGCGCUGUGUUGUGUGCUCGGCCAUUGCGUAAAGGGACGAAGAUUGUGUACAUUUAUUGCUGGCGUUCUCUUCAUUAUUUCUGGUCUCAUCAUGCUUACAGGAAUAGUCAUGUACAUAUCGGUAUUUAAGUCGCAACUUGGUCACAAACUACGAUACAUGACCUUCUUCGACACCCCUCGGAUGUCCUAUAGUUACGGGUACUCAUUCGGACUAUACAUAGGUGGAUUCGUAGCUGCUGAACUGGCAGGGACCUCCGCAAUAUUUCUAUUUCUCCAAUGGUAUCAAAAAGACUGGAUUACUGAAAUAACAGAGAAGGCAAAAGCAGAUUGUCGCGCAUGGGAUCGUGAAUAUGCAUUUACGGAAUUCAGAGAACGUGACUCGACUCUGUUGGAAAGACGUAUGAUGAAAAGAGACACCUAUCCACCAACAGGUUCAUCUGCGGCUACACCUCGUGAACGCCGGCGCUUUGUUUUUGACGGAGAUGAAAUGCCACAUUGCUCUAUACAUAAAAACAGGAGAAUCAAUUUAAGCUCAGCAUCGCUUAAAGAUCUGUCAUCAUCGACUCUGUAUGGUUUUCCAGCAGCUCCACGUCCAACAGCGUGUGAUAAUUACUUCGAGGAGUUUAAAGAAGUGCCCCAGAGUGCGAACACCUUGAGUGGUUUGCGGAGUGCUUCGAUAUUUCAGUCUCAGGCGUCCGUAGCUAGUGGGAGGUUUCUAGACUCAACUGCAGUUGAACCCCCACCGUCAAGGGAAGAGGAACUAGUAACAUUCGGCGCUGGAGCCAGGGCGCUGGCUAAUGACGAAAAGCCCCCACGACACGACCGAGGUGUCGGAACUGAUCCGUAUCGUAGAACAACACCCGUCUGACUUCCAAGAAAGGGUGUCUUCCCUUAAAAGCAUAUCGAUAAGUGAUACCAGUGACGUUAAUAUCCCAAUUCUAAUGAAUUUUGAUAAUAGCAGAAAUGAUGACCGUGAAGUGACUCUCGAAUUUAUAAACGUUAUACGUGAAUUGCGUUGUAAAAGUUUUAAAUGUUACUUUUCCUUACAUAAACACUGCCAUUUGUGUA